AGUUGAAAAGUUUAUUAAUUGUGUUUGAUUUAAAUAAAUAAGUUAUUAAUACAUGACUCACCGUCUACAUAUUGUCUUAAUCAAUUUUCCAACAAAGAUACGACUUGUCACAGAACAAAGCAUGCAAUGAUGGAUCAUGCGAUAAAAAGAAGAUAACAUUAAGAAAAGAGAAAAAAAAGUAAAUAGUAGACAUGUUAUAAAUUUAUCAUGACCAUUGUUUGCCAAUUUCAACAAAGUUGGCCCUCCAGAUUUAAUAAUUCAAUAUUUCUUUUCUUACAUAGUUAUUUAUAGCACACAAUCUCUUCUUGGACCCUAAAGUCAUCAAGAAGAAAGAAAACCCGUAUAUACAAAAUUUCUUAUUUCACCCAUUUGAUUGUGUUCUUGAAGGUUUCUUCGCGAAAUGGAUGAAAGGAAAAUUAAGCUUCACGUUUUGUUACUCUCGUUCAUACUCAUCUCCAUAGCUCCUUCGAUUCACGGAUUCAAAAUGAGAGGCAUUACUAGAUCUGAGCCGGAAGCAUUUCACGGCGGAAAGUAUUUCCCGACAAUGAAGAGCAGGAAGUUGAUGGCUACGAAACUGGAAGUUGAUUAUUCAGGUGAUUAUGAUGAUGGAGCCUCUUCAGCAUCACCAUCACCACCAGUGCCUGAUUAUGAUGAUGAUAUCUAUAAAAGGCAAGGUGAUGUCCCAAGCCCCGGUAUUGGCCACUGAUGAUACGUUUUCAUGUGUAUUCUCUACACAUAUACUACAUUUCAGCAUUUUGCAUUAUAUAUUUAUACAUACAUGUUUGUUUUCUUGUUCAUGUAUGUUUUUUGUCCUAAAAGGUCGCGUCUCCACAUGAUCAUUUUUUGUUGCUUUUUCUUCAUUUUUGAAAUCUAUACAUUUUAAUUAUGUCUUUUUUUAUAUAAAUAGUGAUCUCUAUAUUGAAUUGUCUCGUUUUCUCGUGUUGAUGGGAGCUUCUUGUAUGUAUGUUUCAUACUCACUAUUUCAUUAGAUAAACCUGUAUUUUUCUUUUAAAGAAAAACGUAAUCGGUAGUUGGAAGUGAUUUUAAACAAUAUAUAAAAAUAACAUGUUUCUACUUGGUUCGUGAGAUUAAUUUAAUUAAUAUAAUAACGUUAUAUUAAUCGUUCGAAGGAAUCCAAAUUUACAUUAAAACAAUUGAUGAACCAAACGGGUUUACACAGGUGUAUAUUAAAUUUCAUGUUUUCAAAAAUAUUAUUUGAGAUUAAUAAAAGGCGGCAAAAACACAAAAACAUUCCGUCAGUUGUUGACAAAAAGAACACUGUGUCAGUUGUGCAGUCUUUGCUAUUAAACCAAUAUUCACCAUAUGACAAGUUGUAUUUACAAAUUAAAAACAAAAACGACAACUAUUCAUGUUUUUGCUUCAUUUUGUUUUUUGCUAAACAAGUUUUGGCUUCAUGGCCUUUAACAAAGCAUUACAAAUAUUAACUCUCACAUGGGGGCAGCUAUUGUGUGAAAUAUGAUAUAUAUAUAGGACAAUUUUCUCGAAACCACUUUUACGUUUUUGUUACAAAAAUAACACUCAAGAAAGAAAAUAACCAAAAUAGUAUUUUUUUUUAUUUUGAAAUUUUUAAUAUUUAUUUUUUAUUUUUUAAAAUUUGAAAUCCUAUCCCUAAAACUCCACCCCUUAACUCUAAGCCAUAAGUCCAGAUUAGUUAACUAUAGAGUAAAAAUAAACUAUCUUUAAAAAGACUUAGUAAAACUUAGUUUGGUCAGUUUUUUCGUUGGAAACUAUUUUUCUGAUAAAAACUAAAAAAAAAAUUAUUCUAAAGAAUUUCUCUAUAAAAUAUAUGCAAUGUACAAUGUUCCCUUAAAAUAAGAUAUAGUAACAUUAUGCCAUAGUCAAACUAUUAAAUCUAACAUUUUGAACUUCUAAAUCUUAAUACUUAGAAAUUUGAUCCACUGUAAGCGACUGUUGUAUAUGAGAAUAAAGCGAUCUAUAAAAUCCCGUGCACAUGUUUUUCUUUUGGCUGACUUGCAGAAAAUGUGCCACUCUGAAAAGCACAUCAUUCCUAAAAUUACAUAUGAAGCUUAAAAUUAUAUAAAAACACAUUUGGUGUUUUGCUUUGAAAUAUUAGUGUUGGUGUGAAUUGUGAAUUGUCGUCACGCAUCCAAUAUUCGCAAUAUAAUACUGUACUAUGCAUGCAUUGAAUCAACGAUUGUGAAUUGUCGUCAUGCAUCGCAUUAAUAUAUAUUUUAUAAUGGUUUUAUAUAAUUAAUUAUUAAAAAAUUAGAGAUAUCUAUGUAAUAUGAAAGGAAGUUUUUCAUAUAUUAAUACAAAUUUAGAAUGUGGUUAAAAAAUUUUAAGAAACAGUAAAGAGUGUACACUUCAAUAUAUAGAACACUUAUCAGAAAAUUUAAUUUUGUAGGGGUUAAACUUUCAGAUUUUGAGAAAAAAUU